GAUGAUGAUGAAUACAUUGGAAAGUUUUUUGGCCCCGGCGAGGGUGUCAGAUUGAAUGGCCUGUGCGCAUGUGCGAAGGUAUCACAACUGACAAUGCUGGUGAGAUGAAGAUAGUGUUGUUGCUGCUUCUGGGCUCACGGAGGACGACGAGAGGAAUCUACAAGCCGACAAGAUGAGAUCCAAGGCGAGGGCGAGAAAACUGGCCAAAAAUGACAGUGAGCCAGUGGACAGCAUGUACGACACAGAGGCUGAUCUGCCAGGUUUAGCGGCUGGCAGCGGAGGUGGCGCCGACAGCCCAGAAGACGACGCAGAAGACGGCAUCAUCAACAUGUCCCCCUUGCCCUCACCGACUCCCUCCCAUCCAAACAGCAACCACCACCACCUGCUACACCCCCAUAUCUAUGCCUCCCACCACCACCAUCUCCACAACAAUAGCAGCAGCAGCAAUGACCAGGACUUCACCACACCCAAGGAGGGCUCGCCCUAUGAGGCGCCUGUCUACAUUCCUGAUGACAUUCCCAUUCCCAGUGAACUGGAGCUGCGGGAGUCCUCUGUGCCCGGUGCAGGUCUAGGUGUAUGGGCAAAGACCCGCAUAGGUGCUGGUGAGAGGUUUGGUCUGCACAGCACAAAGCAUCAUGUGGCCACAGGCAAAGACAGUUCCUUUGGAUGGGAGAUGAUGAAUGACCAUGAGGAUGACUCCCCUGAUAGCUGCAUCAAAAAGGUGGUGGAUGACAUGGGCAACGUGAAGUUUGCACUGGACACGGGACCAGAUGCCGCUGGCAACAGCUGGCUCAAAUACGUCCGCUCUGCCCCGUCAUUUGAGGAGCAGAACCUCGCCGCCUGUCAUCUCACGGGAGACCAGAUUUAUUAUAAAGCUGUCCGGGACAUUGAAGCAGGGGAGGAGCUCUUAGUGUAUAUGAAGGACGGUAUUUUCCCUGAGGGAUCCAUGGCACCCAACCUACAAGACGAGCAGAUGUACCGCUGUGAAGACUGUGAUGAGCUGUUCUCCUCAACACUUGAGUUGCGGCGGCAUCAGAAGUAUUCGUGCUCCAGUGCUGGCUCCAUCUUUGACGCACUAAGAGACGACUUCAAACAGGAACGUGAGGACAGCGACGAUCCUGUCCAUGAGUGUAAAGACUGUGAGAAGAUCUUUCCCAAUGAGUACAGUCUGGGACAACACAUGAUAGUUCACACAGAAGAGAGGGAGUACAAGUGCGACCAGUGCCCCAAAGCCUUCAACUGGAAGUCCAACCUCAUCCGUCACCAGAUGUCACAUGACAGUGGCAAGCGCUUUGAGUGUGAAAACUGUGAUAAGGUACAGCAUACCCGCCACGUGUUCACAGAUCCCAGUAACCUUCAGCGUCACAUCCGCUCUCAACACGUGGGGGCCCGCGCUCACACAUGCCCUGAAUGUGGCAAGACCUUUGCCACCUCGUCAGGCCUCAAGCAGCAUAAGCACAUCCACAGUAGUGUCAAACCCUUUAGCUGCCCUGGUGGGCUGCAUCUUUUUGUUCCCCCAGGCGAGGUGUGCCACAAAUCCUACACCCAGUUCUCCAACCUCUGUCGCCACAAGCGUAUGCAUGCUGACUGCCGCACCCAGAUCAAAUGUAAAGACUGUGGGCAGUUGUUCAGCACUACCUCCUCCCUCAACAAGCACCGUCGCUUCUGUGAGGGCAAAAACCAUUAUGGCUCUCCAGCAGGGAUGUUCAACCCUGGCAUCCCCAUGAGCUCCAGCCCAAUCAUGGCUAAGGCUAAGUCCCACCAUCCCCACCUUUCUGGUUUAAACCAGUCAGGUUUAGGCUUCACUGACUACUUUCCUUCCCGACCUCAUCCUCAUGCUGGCUUGCCCUUCUCCCCAGGACCCCACGGCUUCCCAUCCCUCCCACAUGGUUUCCCAGGUAUUUUUCCCCCGUCGCUAUAUCCACGACCUCCUUUAUUACCGGCCAGUCCACUGAUAAAGAGCCCACUGAGCAGCAGCAGUCAGGAGGUGAAGCUCCCUCAGAGUCCUCUAGAUGCUCCUCCAUUGUCUCUAGUUAGUUCCACAAAUGGCAAUGGUGUUAACAGUUUGAGUCAGCACGAAGACAAAGAGAAGGAGAAUAAACUGGAUUUGUCUUCUAGUGGAGAAGCCAAACCAAAAUCAAAGAUGGCAGAUAUGUCUGACGGUAGUGACCUUGAAGAUGUCAAUACCACAAGUGGGACAGAUUUGGACACCACCACAGGUACUGCUUCAGGGGACGGCUCUGACCUGGAAAGUGAUGGAGAGAGUGAGCGUGAGAGAAGUGGUAAAAGAAGGAAGCCGUCUGGCACUGUAUCAAGCCAAGAGGCACACCAGUUAGAAGACACAAACCGUGCAUUGAUAUCAGCCAUGUCUAGUUCAGGGAACCUGUCGAUUGAUCGUCCGUUUCUUGCUUCUGCGUCGCAGCACUCCUUCUUCCCCCCACCCGAUGAGCAAGCCCUCCCGCCCACAACCACCACAAAUUCCAAUGCAGCCACCACUGAUUCCAUAAAAGCCAUUGCUUCUAUUGCAGAGAAAUAUUUUGGUCCAGGUUUGAUUGGACUUCAUCAGGAGAAGAAGAUGGGUCCACUGCCCUAUCAUUCCAUGUUUCCCUUCCAGUUCCUGCCCAACUUCCACAACUCCCUCUACCCUUUUAGCGCUGAUCGAGGUGCUCUCAAUCCUAGCAUGUUUUUUAAAGCAGAGCCCAAGUCGCCUCGUGAGCAACUGCACAAAAUGGUUUCUAGUUCCCCGGCAGCUCCUGCUCCCACAGCAGAAUCACCGUUCGAUCUCACCACGAAACCCAAGGAGGCCAAGAUAGCUCCUUCAACACCAACAAACACCUCAAACCCCAACAAUAGUACUGGGAGCAGUAGUGGACAUUUAGCAAUAUCUAGCAGUGAAGAACAGCCAUUGGACCUCAGCAUUGGCAGCCGGAGCCGAGGGAGUCAUAAUGGUGUGCCAGCUGAGCCACAUAAUCGAAAGAACCACAUCUAUGGAGGUGGAAAAGGGGUCUCAAUCAAGGAUGAAACUCCAUCUGGUUUUCCACACCCUCAUUCACAGUCUUUGCACCAAUCAACCAUCACCCAGCACCAGCAGCCCCAGGCACAGCCACACCAGCCACCACCACUGCACUAUGCCAAGCCCUCAGCAUUCUUCAUGGACCCCAUAUACAGCAGGGUGGAGAAGAGGAAGCUACUCGACCCGGUAGGAGCUCUGAAGGACAAGUUCCUCCGACCCUCGCCGCCACUCUUCCAUCCCCAGAUGUCAGCAAUGGAGAACAUGACAGAUAAGCUGGACGGCUUUGGAGCACUAAAACUGGACGCACCGCCCAAUUCGCUGCAACACUCGGCCCAUCCGCUGUUCAACUUCCGCUCACCACCACCUUCCCUCUCAGACGCCAUCCUUCGCAAGGGAAAGGAACGCUACGCGUGCAGGUACUGUGGGAAAAUCUUCCCUCGCUCAGCAAAUCUCACCAGACAUUUGCGGACACACACAGGGGAACAGCCCUACAGGUGUAAAUACUGUGACCGCUCAUUCAGCAUCUCAUCCAAUCUUCAACGCCAUGUCCGCAAUAUCCAUAACAAGGAGAAACCCUUCAAGUGUCACUUGUGCAACCGCUGCUUUGGUCAGCAAACCAACCUCGAUCGCCAUCUCAAGAAGCACGAGCACGAGAACAUUCCUGUGAGCCAACAGUCUGGGAUGCUUUCCAACUUAGGAACGACCAUCUCCUCGCCAAACUCAGAGCCAGAAAAUCAUGCACUUUUAGAUGAGAAGGAGGACUCGUACUUCUCAGAAAUCCGCAACUUCAUUUCCAACAGUGAGAUGAACCAGGCCUCCAGCUCCACGGAUAAGAGAUCAGAUCAGCCUGAGGAGGAGCACCCUCCCAGCCACAGUUUGUCCAACUCCAAGCUAGGUCUCCAGGGUCUGGAGGAAGAGGAAGAGGAAGUGGAGGGUGACGAUGAAGAGGAGGAGGAAGGCAGCCUGACGGAGAAGUCGCACGACGAGGCGCCCGAGUCCCCGUCUCCUGUCACAACAGGAGUGUAUGAGGAGGAUGAGGAAGAGGAAGAGGCAGAGGCGGCUCCAUUAGCGAUGAGCUAUGAACACACUCGCAGGCUUAUGCAAUGAUGCUGUCUCUCUCUGAGAACAACCCUUUGCACGCGCCCUCCCAGAACUCUCUGGACGCUUGGCUGAGCAUGGGAGGUGGACCGUCUGAGACGAGCAGCUUUCACCCACUCAACCACAUCUAAGCGAGAGAGAGAGAGAAAAAAAAGGUGGGAGGAAGAGUAGGAGGAGGAACAGAAAGACUAAGUGGACAUGAGUAGGGGGCAAGACAAAGGAUGAUGGAGAAGAUUUCAUUGUCAUACACAUUCAAGAUAGAAAGAAUGGGUUUGUGUGGAUGUGUGUGCUUGUUUUGUGUGUGUCUGUGUGUGAGUGUUGUUAAAGAAAGAAGGGGAAGAUUUUCCCCCAGGUGAAGGGUCUUGCAAAGACUGUCAAAGCGAACGCACUGCUAAGCUCCUGUUGAUGUGAAGGACAUGAUGAAUGCUUCUCAAUAGCAUUGAAACUCUGCAUUACUCUGAUCCUCCCCAAGUGCACAAGGCUUACUGCAGCACCACAGAGACCCUGCGUAAGGCUCUCAUAAAGACUCUUAAUGACUGAUACGUCUCUAAAGUCUGUAUACACCGCCUACUACAAACACUGCAGAGACAUGCUGCAUUGGCACUGCAUGUCCACAAGUUGGCACUGUUUCACCAAGAAUAGAGUGAAAGUGUUGACCGCCGUCUCCGUGUUUCCUCCAACCAUGGGUGACUUAUUUACUGAUUUUGUUUCAGUUGUAACAGCAGAAUCAACAAUAGCGCCACACUAAAUGUUACUUAAAGAAUUGGCAGAUACAAUAGACUGUCGAUUUUUUUUUUUUUAAAGAAUUUUAUUCUACGUUCAAAUGUGCUUUCAAUGAGUUAUCUGGGCCACUAGCCAUUGUAAUUGGUUAUUCAAACUUGAUCAUGCUGAAAAUGGAUUUAAAUCAUGUUCAGAAAAAAAAAUGAGGAAAGUCUUUCUCUGCUUGUUUCAUUGUCAUUUGUUAAUUUUAUUCACAUUAAUUUUUCUUUCCUCUUACACAGUAUUGUUUCUUCGUAGGCACUGCAGUGCUUAAUUGUUAAUAUAAUUAAUUUAGAGAAGGACCAAAAUUGUAUGAUAUGUCAUAUGAUGUACAAAUUAACCUAGAUGUUCAUAGGAAGAGUGGUAUGUGCCAAAUAACCCAUAGAAAAUGUUUUGUUCUCUGACAAUCAUUUCAUUUCCAAGGGGCUUGCAUUUGCUGUCAUAGUUUCUUUGUUUUUUCUUUCUUACUAAGCGCUUAUAUAUUUGAUUUCAGAAGUGUGUGUUUGUAUUUAUUUUUGGUUGUUUUGUCAUGGCAGGGGGAGUGAAAAUGAAGAAGUCAUUUUAUCCCUCGUUUCUUGUUGCUGAAGGAAUGGUAAACUAUCAGAACAUGAGGGAGAUUCAGAAUCUCUGGUUUUGAUGGGUUAGUGUGCCAAAAUGAGAAAAAAAAUACAAAAUCAAAACAAAAACAAAAACAAAACAAAAAAACAAAAAACAUGAAAUUAAUUGAUUUUAUUUAUAGUGAAAUAUAGCUGUAGUUAGUCUUAGAUCCUAUUUGGCAUUGAAACAUCCUGCAGUGUUUAGCCUUUUUAUUUCCUUGUUUUAGUUGAACCAUUUUACCCAGUAGGCUGAAUGUGUCUUGUUCAAAAUGGUUCAAGUACUAAAGGGGGCAGGCUUGGACAACCUUCGUUAUGGAUGUCAUGAAAAGGGCAUUACAUUGUUACACUAUUGAAUCUGAGUAUUUUCUACAACAUCGAGCUCCCCCUUUCAUCUGUUUGAGAUUUAAUACAUGUCUUAUAACCAACAAAUACUGUUGUUUUUGGUUUUUUUAAUGAGUUGUCCAAUUUUAUACGGUCCAAAAUUCAAACGCACACAGCCACAACUGCACGAACGUGACAUAAUCACUGACUAUUUGAGAAGAAAGACAACAACUCAUUAAACCAAAAGAACUGAUAAAAACAAACCACAGAAAGUAUUAAAACGGGCAUCGUAAUUCUGCUGGUCGGUCCAUUCAAAUUAAAUGUCUAGCUGUCUAGCUGGAUGGGGAAAACCGAAACACUUGAUAACUUCUUAAUCUGAAAUUCUUCUUCUGAGGUCAUACUGAAAACUCAUUCCAUAUGGUCUACAAGGUAGCUGUGCCGUGGAGGGGCGUGAGUAAUUUACUGUAGAUAGCUGCAAAAAGGUGGAGCGUGGGCAUUGUUGAUCACUGUUCCUCUCCGCAUACUGGGACUUUUCUAACUAGGCCUGAUGCUGUAUUUUGAAAAUAGCACUUAAAUCAUAUGGGUCCAAGCCAAUAAUUGAUCAUGCUUAGGUCCCUGAAUGUUAGAACAGAUACAUUUGGUUUCACUUUCACUAGAUGGGCAUGUUGUGCUCAACAUGGAGAGGUAAGGAUAACAGAAGCACUGUAAUUUUUCUUCAUGACAGUAGGUGGUAGUGUGAUGCUAGGACUGCUGCAUCAUCUCAGUUUUCUAAAGACAGAUGUCUUCUUUUUAUAUAAUUCUACUGAAUGAGAUUCAAUUCAUGGUAAAUGCAUUGCUUUCCAACUUGUGGUUACAAAAUGUAAAGACUUGGGUCAUUAAGUUUUAAGGUUGACUGUUUGUAGUAAUUCUUGUCAUGGACUACUGUAAUAAGUACGCGCUGUGUAAAGCAAAGGAACUGAAGGCAUAGAGGUAUUUCAUUUUGCCAGCUUCAGAACGUAUUCUGGCAAGUGGUCACUGAAAUAUGUUUCAGCAAAAUAGAAGAUGGUUGCUGUUUGCCCCCGCUGUUACAGGAGAAAGUAAAAAAUAUACAUAGUUUCUUUUUAACUGUAUAGUAUUUUAAAGAAUGAAAAACAUGGUGCAUUUGUCUGAAGAAAAAAAAUCAUUGAAAAAUAUGGGUUUAAAUGGAUGGUGCUUGUUUUGUUAAAAUCUGAGUUGUAUAUCGCCUCUGUUAUGUUUAUUGAAAGCAAACAAAAAAAAAAUUAUUGUGCAUGACGUGUUAGCAGUCAUAAUGAUGUCCAUUUGUGAAACGUGUAUCAAAUCAAAAAAAUUAAAAAUUAAAAAAAAAAGAAAAGAAGGAAGAAAAAAAAAGAAAUUCGUAGAUGCACUUAUUGUACAUGUGGUUAGGUUAGUAUGUUUGACUUCAACUUCUGACUGCCUUACAGAUGUUUGGACAGGUGGUCCCGAAAGACUUAGAAAAGACUUGUCAGAGAAGACAUAAUGAAAAACAAUAAAGGAUUGUAGAAUAAUAUUGAACAAUUCUGAAAUUGCAGUUCUUUUGAUGCUUGUGAUUAUUGCAGAUGUACUUUAGAGAAAUUUCAUUGAAAAGAUAUGACUCUGAUGUUAAUUCUGUAGAAUAGCAAUGUAUACCAAAUGUAAUCUUUCCAAUGCUAUGAAGAAUUUAUACAUGAAAUUGAUAUGCAAUAAAACCUGUGUGCUUUUUAAA